AUGGAGAUCGUCGACAUGCUGGAAAGGCGAAGGGUUGACAUCUGUUCUCUGCAGGAAACAAGAUGGAAAUCAAAUGGUGUCUCCCUCAUUGGGAGUUACAAGUUGUUCUGGAAUGGGCAAAAGACAGUCCAAAAUGGAGUUGGAAUCUUCAUACGGGAAUCACUGACACAAAAUGUACUGGAGGUAGUUCUAAUCAGAUCACGCCUAAUGCUGAUUAAACUCAGAAUUGGAAAACAGAUGCCGUCAGGAAAACAUCAUCAUCAGAUACCAUUGAUAUGUGGCGACCUCAACGGCCAUGUUGGAGAUAAAGCAAAUGGGUUCCACGGUGUCCAUGAAGCACAUGUGAAUACACGUAAAUCAACUCGUCACAUUGCAUUUGAUAGUCACAAAUAUCUGUAUUUGAUCACAGUCGCUGCCACAGCAGUCCAUGCUCCUAAACCAUUACACCGUCUCACCAUCCAAAUACAGUGGGACCUCCGCACAACGAAUUUGAUGUUGCUGUCUAUUGUAGUACUACAGAAAAAGAGUUUACUGAUUUCUGAAGAUUUCAGCAUCCACAUAAACAAAAAAGAGAGUCAAUUAGCAUCCAGCCAUAUGGAACUAGUUACCUCUUUUGGUCUGGUUCAACUGGUUUAUUCGCAAACUCGUGUGUCCGGCAACAUUUUAAAUUUGGUCAUGGUAAAUGGGAAUAUGACAGUCUCAAAUGUAAAGGCGCAGCCACCAGUGGUAUCAGACCGUUCUUUAGUCAUUUCAGAGUUCUUAAUGAUUAUGCAGCGGCGUAGUAAGUUUGAAAGUAACAUAUCUCGCUAUCAGAAGGUUCCAGUUUCUAAUCGAAUUGUAUGCGUAUGUAGCGACACUAACGUCUCUAGCGAAUAUAUUUGUAACGGUUAUAACAAUGUGAUUAAGUUUUUUGCCGAUAAAAUUAAAGUUAGAGAGGAGACGUCAGAAAGUGGUCCAGAUCACGUAAUCAGUCAGUGUAACAAGUUUCUAAAGUUUGAUGUGUGCACUGAGAGUGAAGUAUGUUUCGGUGGUUUGGUAUCUGAUGAGAUGGAAAUGCAAACGGGUGUAUCACAGGGAUCAGUGCAAGGCCCAAUAUUAUUUUUCAUGUAUGUGUUUGGUUUACCGGGUUUUGUUCCUGCAUUUGCUUCUCCAUCAAUGGCUAAUUCUUCAAAUGCCAUUAUGAACAACCAUGCCCCUAUAACUAACAGUUGGUCUCAAAAUUGUGUUACUUUAAAAUGA